ACCCGCGCCACCGCCGCAACUCCAGCAACCUUUUUAGUCGGCUGUUCCAAUUCCCCGAAUCCGAUUCCGAAGAUUUUUGCUCGUGUUUUCUUCCUGCAUUCUGAGUUUCGUUGCUCUGGAGAGCCAUCGAAAUCGUGGAUCUAUUCGAUCCGAUGGCGAACAUGGAGUCUGACUUCUCGCCCGGUGGAGGAGCCUCAGGGUCGGUUGCUGCCGACGCCGACUUCGGUUUCGCCUUCGAUGAUAGUAAUUUCUCUGAUCGGGUCCUCAGGAUCGAGAUAAUUCCUGAUUUGCCGGAGAGUAAGUCUGACGGCGAUGGUUGUUCUAGCAUCGCUGAUUGGGCGCGGAACCGGAAGAGGCGCCGAGAAGGUGUAGAUGUCAUUGUGCAAGAUGAGGAGCAAGUUUUAAAUUGUAACCUGCCAGACACUGAGGAUGGUUUGGCCUAUGAAAAUCAAGAUGAGGAGGCUGUGGCAAUGAUUGAGGAACCACUUUCAGAUGACGGAUUUAAUUUAAAUCCAGCUGGGGAUGAUGAUGAUCACAGUAAUCCUUCUUCUCAGAAUAUGGAUUUUUCAACGGUUCUUAGAGUGAGGAACAUACACAUUAGUUCUCCAAUUUUAGCAGCAAAAAGUCCAUUUUUCUAUAAGUUAUUUUCAAAUGGUAUGAAAGAGUCUGAGCAGCGACAUGUAACUCUUCAGAUACAUGUUUCUGAAGAAGCAGCCCUUUUGGACCUCCUUCAUUUCAUGUACAGCAAUACUUUAUCAACAACCACACCUACUGCUUUGCUGGAUGUGCUGAUGGCUGCUGACAAGUUUGAGGUUGCUUCAUGCAUGAGAUACUGUAGCAGGUUGCUGCGAAACCUGCCUAUGACCUUGGAGUCUGCCUUACUCUAUCUGGACCUUCCUUCCAGUGUUUUAAUGGCAGAUGCUGUUCAAGCGCUAACUGAGGCGGCAAAUCAGUUUCUUGCUGCACAAUACAAGGACAUAACUAAAUUCCAGGAGGAUGUACUCAACCUACCUCUUGCUGGUAUAGAGGCAGUUCUUUCUAGUGAUGAUCUCCAGGUAGCUUCAGAAGAUGCUGUCUAUGAUUUUGUGCUAAAGUGGGCUCGGAAUCAUUACCCAAAACUGGAGGAACGAAGGGAAGUCCUUGCUACACGCCUUGGUCGGCUGAUCCGUUUCCCUUACAUGACUUGCCGAAAGCUGAAGAAAGUCUUAACCUGCAAUGACUUUGAACCAGAACUUGCAUCCAAGGUUGUGCUCGAGGCCCUCUUUUUCAAGGCUGAGACAUCAUACAGGCAGCGCACUCUUGCAGCAGAGGAGGCCAAUGCCACUUAUCAUCGCUUUGUGGAGCGGGCUUACAAGUACCGUCCGGUGAAGGUUGUGGAGUUUGAACUACCACGUCAGCAGUGUGUCGUUCACCUUGACCUGAACCAUGAGGAAUGUGCUCAUCUUUUUCCAGCUGGUCGGGUUUAUUCACAGGCGUUUCACCUUGCUGGACAGGGAUUUUUCCUCUCUGCUCACUGCAACAUGGACCAGCAAAGCUCAUUCCAUUGCUUUGGGCUAUUUCUGGGGAUGCAGGAGAAGGGAUCUGUUAGUUUUGCAGUUGACUAUGAGUUUGCAGCAAGAACAAAGCCGAGUGAAGAGUAUGCGAGCAAGUAUAAAGGGAACUACACUUUCACUGGGGGAAAGGCAGUUGGAUACCGAAACCUGUUUAGUUUACCCUGGACAGCAUUUAUGGCCGAUGACAGCAUUUACUUCAUUAAGGGCGUCCUCCACCUCAGGGCCGAACUCACCAUUAGACAUUAAGUUUAUCAAGAAUUCAAGAUAGCUCUCGUAGACUAUUGCCCUCUUCCUCUGUUUUCCCUAAACAGUCUUAGACCACUAUUACCUUGUCCUAGAUUUUUUUUUUUUGGCCAGAAUACCGUGGCCUAGAUUAAGUAACUAUAUAUAUUCAUACAAAUAUUUUUUUCCCUUUAGAGACAGUAGAAUUGUAUAUUUGAUUCAAUGCUUAAAUACAUACAUCUUUCAUGU